UCGUAUAAAAAAAAGGCCAAAACCCUAGUUCCGCGCGAGAAACCCUAGGGUGCUACCGUUUCUUGAACCCUCGGCAUCUUCACUGCCUCCUCUGUCGAUCGAAGAUGAAGUUCAAUAUUGCGAAUCCUACGACAGGGUGUCAGAAAAAGCUCGAAAUCGACGACGACCAGAAACUGCGAGCAUUUUAUGACAAGAGGAUCUCACAGGAGGUCAGUGGAGAUGCUCUGGGUGAGGAGUUCAAGGGUUAUGUAUUCAAAAUAAUGGGAGGCUGUGACAAGCAAGGUUUUCCAAUGAAGCAGGGAGUACUGACCCCAGGCCGAGUCCAACUUCUGCUUCACAGAGGCACCCCUUGCUUCCGUGGAUAUGGAAGACGUAAUGGAGAGCGAAGGAGGAAGGCUGUUCGUGGAUGCAUUGUUAGCCAGGACCUCUCAGUUUUGAACUUGGUUAUCGUGAAGAAGGGCGAGGGUGAACUUCCCGGACUGACUGAUGUUGAGAAGCCAAGAAUGAGAGGUCCAAAGAGGGCCUCAAAGAUUCGAAAGCUUUUUAACCUCUCGAAGGAGGAUGAUGUUCGGAAGUAUGUGAACACUUAUCGCCGAACUUUUACUACUAAAUCUGGUAAGAAGUGCAGUAAAGCUCCCAAAAUACAGAGGCUGGUGACUCCCUUGACUUUGCAAAGGAAGCGGGCAAGGAUUGGAGAGAAGAAAAAGAGAAUUGCAAAAGCCAAGUCAGAGGCAGCUGAGUACCAAAAGCUUCUUGCAACCAGGUUGAAGGAGCAGCGUGAAAGACGUAGUGAGAGUUUAGCAAAGAAGAGAUCCCGACUAUCUGCUGCCUCAAAGCCAUCUAUUGUAGCUUAGAUGUUGGGGUAUACUUGGUAAAUGUCAUUGCUGGAUAUCACAGUGAAGGGGUUCAAGUUCCAGGAAUGGCUGGAUAUGCGUCAAAAAGGAAGGACCGUGGAGACAAAAGACUCUGGAGAUAGUGACGGUAGGUAUCGAAUUGAUUGUCGGUAGCAAUGGCACGGAAUAUGGGGGUGAUUGGCUGGUUGGUUGGUGGGCGGGUUCCUUCUCUAUAAGGUUCUAUAAGGUUCUUUAGUUGGCCUGAAUCAUUAUGGUUCAUUAGUUGAUUAGAUCUAGCAGCCUUGUUUUACGAUCUGGGCAAUUAGAUGUGGGAAUGCCAAAAACUUCAAACUCAAUGGUAGUUUUAUAUAUUUAGAAAUAUCAUUUUGUCA